AUGCAAGGCAGCAGCAAUCAAAGUGAAGCCAAUGGAAACAGCGGACAGACCGGGGAAAUCAUUCUGGAUGGACCAGUAAAGAAGCUAGUUCUAGUAGGGGAUGGAGGUACAGGAAAGACCACAUUCGUAAAGAGACAUUUAACAGGAGAAUUCACCAAGAGAUACAUUGCCACAGUAGGAGCAGAAACAUACGUGUUGCCAUUCUACACAAAUUACGGACAGGUAAACUACACUGUGUUCGACACAGCAGGACAGGAGAAGUUUGGGGGUCUAAGAGAUGCCUACUACUACGGUGCAGACUGCGGUAUUAUUAUGUUCGACACAACAUCCAGAAUUACCUACAAGAAUGUGCCAAACUGGUACAGAGACUUACGCCUUAUUUGCCCAGACAUUCCACUGUGCCUGUGCGGUAACAAGGUAGAUAUAAUAGAUAGAAAAGUAAAGCCUGCACAUAUGAAGGACAGGAAGAUAAUGCAGAAUAUAGUGUACUUUGAUAUAAGUGCAAAGAGCAACUACAACUAUGACAAACCCUUCCUUUAUUUCACAAGAACACUCUACCAGAAGCCAGACUUGUUCUUUGUUGCAAACUCUGCACUGCUUCCCCCUGAGGCAGAAGUAAAUGUUGAAUUAAUUGAGCAGUUUGCAAAGAUGUCAACAGAAGCUACAGACCAGCCCCUUCCAGACUUUGAAUAA